UUACAAUACAAAGCAAAGCAGGUAGAGGUAGAGAAGGUGAAGUGAGGGUCAAUGGCGUAUUCGCGUCUCUUCUUCAUCUUCUUCGUCUUCUUCGCAGUGUUACACACAGCACCAUCCAAUGCCAUCGAUGACAAAUGUGCCGCCUGUAAAGCUGUAGCUGAGGAGCUAGAGAUUGGGCUUUCCAGGGAGAAGCCGCGGAACCAUUUGGAUAUGCGCCAUCGAUUGGACUCCAAGGGCCAGCGUCAGGGAAAGCUAAUCGAUUACAGAGUUAGCGACCUAAGGGUUGUUGAGCUUCUUGAUGGUCUUUGCGAAAAGAUGCAAGACUACACACUCAUGAUAGAUACUGAUACAUAUGAAUGGUUCAAAGUGGAUAGCUGGGAUAACCUCACAAAAAAUAAGCAAGAAGCUCGAGCAUAUUCAAAAGAUAUAUCUUCUUAUUGUGGAAGAUUACUUGAAGACACGGAAGAAGAGUUGGCUGAAUUGAUAAAGAAAGGAUCGGUUAAAGUGGGAGAUGUGAGCAAAGUUCUUUGUCAAGAUUUGAGCAAACAUUGCAGUCGAACGAGAGUAUCACACGAGGCUGAAGUCGUUGAUGAUGGUGAUAAAGAAGAGCUCUAAAACCUGGGAUUAAUGAUUAUUACUGGAAAUAUCUGCUUCUGGGCUACCAAAGAUUGACAGAAAUCACAAUGCAUCCCAAAACUGAUAGUAUUGUGCUUUUUUUGUUUUGUUUGAGAUAGAAUGGCUUGUUUUCUCAUUUUAAAGGCUUUUUUAACAUGCGGUGGAUCUGAUCAAUUGAUGAUUAUGAUUUCAAGGUCGUGCACCACACGAUCUCACAAAUUUUCAUUAAGCCUUAUAGGAGUGCCUGAGAAGUUUACAUAGUUUGAUAUUUAACUCUGAUUUGUAGACUCCUAAACAAUAUGGACACACCACAUACACUACAUAUUAUCUUUGUCUUCAUGUCA